AUGGGUGCUUCAUUUGUUCCCAUCACCAUUUUCACCGUCCUAUGGGGCGUUGUGGGCAUUGUUUGCCCUAUUUUUGCUCCAAAGGGACCUAACCGAGGAAUAAUCCAAGUGGUAUUAAUGUUAACGGCAGCGACGUGCUGGUUAUUCUGGCUCUGUGCAUAUAUGGCGCAAAUGAACCCUCUCAUUGGCCCCAGACUGGACAAUGAGACUCUAAUCUGGAUUGCUCACACAUGGGGUAACCCCUACUACAACGGUACGAAAUAA